CCCCCUCUCGCCCUCGAUCGGCUCGCGAGUUCGCCCGCCCGCCCGGCGCGCGCCUGCGCCGAUCCCCAUCCCGCGAGACGGGAGCAGCGCCGCCGCCCCCGCUGCUUCCGCCGACCCGCCGGUAGGACUCUCAAUCGGGUGCCGCCUCCUACUGACGCCCUCCAUUCAUCGCCGCCUUCCAUCCCGCCGCCGCCUCCUCCACGCCUCACCUCCAACGCCGCCCUACCAUCCACCGCCGCCCUGCCGUCUCGCCUCCACCGGGUGCCGCCCCCUCUACGCCUCACCUCCGUCGCCACAGGCCUACCAGCCGCCGCCUCAACCGGGUGUCGUCGCCUCCUCUACGGCAUCCCUCUGUCGCGAUGGCGGCCGCCGUCUGGCCGCUCUCCCCCGUCGCCGACCUCCUCCCCGCCUCCCUUUCGCUGACCCUCCUCGUCUCCCUCGUGGUCGCCCUGGUGCUAAGCGCCGCUGCCUUCUUCUUCGAGCACAUCCGGAAGAUCGGAUGCAUGCACUCGCUGGAGAGGACCACAGUCUUGUCCACCUUCUUCGAGGACCCCAAUUCGCUCAACAAGGUUCCUUGCCCAUCAAUUUACGAUCCUGCUGAGAAGUACAUUUCGUUGAUCAUCCCCGCUUAUAACGAGGAGCACCGGCUUCCUGAGGCUCUUUCGGAAACACUCAACUAUCUGAAACAACGUUCAGCUGCUGAGAAGUCAUUUACUUAUGAGGUCUUGAUUGUUGAUGAUGGAAGUACUGAUCAUACCUCCAAAGUUGCCUUUGAGUUUGUACGGAAACACAAAAUUGAUAAUGUUAGAGUUCUUCUACUCGGAAGAAACCAUGGUAAAGGUGAAGCAGUUAGAAAAGGCAUGCUCCAUUCGCGUGGUGAACUAUUACUCAUGCUUGACGCUGACGGGGCAACUAAGGUUACUGAUUUGGAAAAGCUUGAAGCUCAGGUUUGUGCAUUGGCUAAAAAAACCGAGUCCAGCACAGCUACAUCUGCUAGUUCAUCUCAGAGACUAUCUGAUGCUGAAAUUGCUGUUUUUGGUUCCCGUGCUCAUCUGGAGAAGCAGGCUCUUGCCACAAGGAAAUGGUAUCGGAAUUUUCUUAUGAAAGGUUUCCACCUGAUAGUUUUAUUGACCGCUGGUCCUGGGAUCAGAGAUACACAGUGCGGCUUCAAGAUGUUUACACGAGCUGCUGCAAGGAAACUUUUUACAAAUAUCAGAUUGAAGAGGUGGUGCUUCGAUGUUGAGCUUGUCUACCUAUGCAAACACCUCCGGAUCCCCAUGGCUGAAGUAUCUGUAAACUGGACUGAAAUACCUGGAUCCAAAGUGCGUAUGACAAGCAUCCUGCAUAUGGUAUUUGAGCUCCUGCUGAUCAAAGUAGGUUAUGGACUGGGCAUAUGGAAAAUCUACUCAUAGACCAUAUGCACUGUGUGCUGACAAUCACCAUAGCUUAUCAUCACUGGACUGUACACCAAGCCUAGGCUCACAUGUAAAAUUUUUCCAAGAUUUUUACCUAGAGAGAAUCCAUUUGUGGCAAUCAUAAAUCAUAGAGUUUAACAAACAUAGAUCACAUAUAUUGUUCCUUCUGAUAAGUUCUUUAAUCCUUUUCCAUUUUUGAUGCUUGAUUCUGAUGGGGUUGUCUUGUUCUAAAAAUUUUGGCUUCAAGCAGUAACUGUGUGUGGCACACCGUCAUAAAUUACCUUCU